UUCUUUACUGGACCUGUCUUUUCUGCCUCAACUCCGGUGCGCUCUUUGCAGAAAAAUCCCACAUCCCCCGGCAAAAGAAAGAGCUAUUCCUUUGCCUCAAGAAUCAAUCUUUUACUCAGUGGAAUCUCUCCUCUUUACCUGAGAAUUAGUUUCUGAAAUGAGUAUCGUUUUCAGUUCUUCCUCCAGUGAAAUAAAUUGAUGAGGGAAAAGUUGAGACCUUUAAUGGAAAUUCUUGAAAUGGAAACUCAAAAGGACUCAAAAGCUGUAGAGGGGGGUUUUGUGCAGUUAAAAGAGAGUCAAAGUCUGAAACCUUGUGGUCAAAUGCCUCGAGAAGGUUAUGAGAUGCCUUGUUUUGGUGAGAAUUCUAGCGCUUCAGUUUUGGUUGCAGGAGAAGACGGUGGUGGGAUUAAUGUAAAUUGUAGAGACGUUGAAGUAAGUGAUACGGAAAUAAAUAAAAGCUUUGACGGUGGUGAUAAUGGUUGUACAUUAGAUGGUCUGGUGAAUAGAGGGGAAGCUUUAGUGAGUGAGCUUGUUGCUGAAGAAAAUCAGAACACAAGAGGCUCUCUGGGGUUGGAUGUCCAACAAGAAAACAUAGGGAAACCACAAAAUAAUGGGAUGAAUGGUGCCAAUGGCCAGGCUUUGAUUCUUGAGGGGAAUAAGGGGAUUGGAGUUGAAAAGGUGGAGACUGAGGAGGGAGUUGAGAAAGGCAAUGAUGCAAUGGAACAGUCUGAGGCAGUAGAUUCUCCGAGGAAGAUUGAAGUUUCUGGUGACGGUUUUUCUUUGUUUGUGGAGGUUUUCGGUCCGAUGGACGGUAUUAAUCAAGCUGAUGAAGGGAACUGCAGUGACUGGCAUGCAUUGAGAGAGGGCGGACCUGAUCUUGAAGAUUCAUGCCAAAGAAAUGAAGCAUUGUCAUCUGGCGAAGAGACAAUUGCCCAGGUUUCAGAAGCUGGUGAUUCUUUACUUGAUGUGAUGAAGAAUAGGUCAAUAAGUGAAGAUGUACAUGUAAAGAAUGAAACGGCAGGCGAGGAUUCAUGUAAUAGAAAUAACAGCUUUAAUGUUGGUGAUUUGGUAUGGGCUAAAACCAAGACACAGUUAUGGUGGCCUGGAAUGAUUACUGAUCCCUCAAACUCAUCAAAGGGUGCUGCAGAUUCCCACAAAAAAGAAUCUUUCCUGGUUAAGUAUUAUGGAAAUGCUAAUUUUAUUUGGUGCUCCUCAUCUCAGUUGAAGCAUUUUCUUGAGUACUUUGACGAGAUGUCUCACCAAAACAACUCUAGAAACUUUCGUGGGGCACUAGAGAGGGCUGUCAUUGAGAUUGGUAGGCGUGUAAAGGCAGAGAUGACCUGUUCUUGUUCUUUAAAAGAAAACCAAAACAUUUCUGCUCAGUCUGCUGAUCAAACUGUGGAGAGAUACUUAUCAAUGGACCGAAUGGGUACCAGUGCUUUUUUGGGAUCUCAUUUUCAACCUGCUAGUUUUCUACAAUCGGUAAAGUAUAUUGCACAGGGAGCACCUGUGCCUGGUAAAAUUAAAUUAACCAUCACCCAAAAUUGUCUUUCAGCCUUUUAUCAUUCUUUGGGGCAUUGUCAAUUGCCCAUGCAUCAACUCAGGCCAGCUGAUGCCAAAGAUGGUGGUCAUAAUGGUCUGAAUUUGGGAGAAAAGGACAAAGACCUAAAUAAUGAUGGAAAGGAGAAUGACACUGGUGAAGCUGAGGUCUUUUCUCAGCAGUUGAGCCCCUUCAUUUCUGCAGAAGGAACCGAAGAUGAUCUUUUAGAUGGAGAAAAUGAUCGGAGGAUGGAUAGCAGAUCUGCAAAAGGCAAUGAAGCGAGAGAAAGAAGGAAGAGCAAGUACUUAUCCUAUCCUUACAUAAACCCCAAGAAGGGCAAUGCAGAUGCACCAACUUCUGAAGAAAAUGUGGAAAUGAACUGCAACUCUGGACAAUCAAAUGGUGAUAAGAAAUCGCGGAAAGCUGGGCCACAUAGAUCUACUAAUUGCUCUGAUAUGCUUGGCAAAGCGAAGGAUAUUAAGGCGUCUUCGGCUGAAAUACUCUCUGAACUCCUUGUUACUGCUCUUGAUUGUUUGCAUCCCAAGAGAAGACACCUUUCUGGUUCAGUCAACAGGUUUUUAUGCAAUUUCAGGAGAUUUUCAUUUUUAGACAUUGAGAUAGCUAAUAAGCAUAUUGGUGAUGAAGUUGUAGUUAAGGUGGAUGGAAUGACUAAAUCUUCAAAUUAUGACUCAGAAGGAACAAAUGGAAAGGAUUCAGUGGAACACAAUUCAUCCAGUGCCAAGCCUAAGAAGAGACGUACAAAGAAGGAAGAUGGAACCUCAGUAGGCACUUUCUUGUCUGGCUCAGCUAUAAAUGCAUUAAGUGGUUCAGUGGUAAUUAAAUGCCAGGGAGUGGGUUCUGAUAUGCCAGAAAGUGAAAAAGUACCCAGCCGGCCGGAGGCAGGAACAGUUCCAGGAGUACUUGAUAUUAAAGAAGCGACUGGAUUACCAGACUUGAAUGGGAAUAUCCCAGUCUCAUCAGCCGAAGAUUGCCAGGGUCCAGGAACUACUGCAUUUCAUUGUGGACUAGAACCAAACAUUAGACAGACGGAGGAUUUAGCUAGAAAGAAUGCUUAUACCAGAACUGUAGGCUUGCUUGAUCCUAGUCGAAACAACAUUAAAUUUGUCCAGUUGUUGAAAGAUGUGCAAGCAAUGGGUCCGAAUUUCCUGAACACUGUUCCUCAGCAGAAUAAUAUCCAGGGUGAAACUGCAUUUACUUCAGAAGUCAUUGCCCGGCAAUCAGAAGCUAGUGGAAACAACAUUCAAUUUGGAUCACUAUUAAACAGCUUUCAGCCAACACCCUUAUUGUCUGCUGCUGCUAAACCUGAGCGCAGGAAAAGAAAGGAUAAAGCUUCAAACCUCCCAGAUUUGAAUGGUAAUGUUGCUGAAUCUGUCUUACCUGGAAAUAAUGCAACAGACACAAACUCCGCUUCGGCUCAAACUAAACCGCCACGGAAAAGGAGGAGGAGAAACAAGUCUACUGCUGCAGUUCCAGACAUUAGUGCCAAUCACAAUAAGGUGCAGAAUUCUCUUGGUGUUUCAGGCCCUUCAUUGACACCUUUGGUGCCACCCCUUCUGCCCGUGGAUGGACUCAAGAGCCCUGCAAAACCAUCUGGUUCAAAUCCUCAGAAUCGUGAUCCACCUGAUCUUUUGUUUAUCAAAAAGAAUCUUGAGAUGAUGAAAUCAACAUUGGAGAAGGCAGGUAACAAUCUUUCACCAGAGAUGAGAGCAAAGUUAGAAAGUGAGAUCAAAGCUUUUAUGCAGAAGAUCAGCUCCAUGGUUGGUUCUUCGUCCUCUUAGCUUACUUCAGACUGUGAUUUCUCCCUUGUCUGGUUGAGGUAGGAUACUUUUAAGGGCAUGCGACAAUAACAUAUUUUACAUAGAGGUGUAGCUUCUUCUUUCUCCUUUUGUUUCUGAUACAUCUCUGUGUGAGAAUAGUUUGUAAUGCUCCACUUGCUGCUGGUGUUUCUCUUGGAUAGUUACAUCUUUGUUAGAUGAUGACUCAAGUAAUUUGUUGUUUAAGCAAGGGAGCUGCUUCUAAGAUUUUCAUGGCUAAAGCACUGGAUUUGUUUAGUUAUCUAGAACUUUUUACAAUGCUAGUUUUUUAAUAUCUUAAAGGAGCUUCCGUGUCUCUUUUGAUC